GCUGCUCACUGCGAGGCUGGCGGUGGCUCCCGCUGACUUCACACACCUGACAGCCGGACACGUCUCCCCGGCUCAGGAUUCCCCACGUCUGCAGGGUGAAGGAUUCAAAUAACUUGCCUGAUAUCCGUCAUGAGGUGAAGCAUAUAGUGAAUCAACCAUCACUCACAGACAACAGACUCAGAUGUUGCUGCCAUGUGCCACACUCGCGCCCGAAGCAGACGAAAAACCCAGCCCAAAGACCUUUUGGCCACUUUCUCUCCUCUGAUCCGAGACACGUUCAGUGCCUCUCCUCGAAGACUCUCAGAGCUUCACCACCACAGUGUGUCCACUCAUACCCCGCCUUCAUCCAGCAGCAACUUUCUCAUCCUCUCCCAGGACUGGCUGUACUGGCAGUAAGGUUAAUUCACAAAUGUCUACCUCACGAUUAAAAGAGCCCUCUCCACCACAUCGACCCUGAACAGGACACAAAAUGACCUCCAGCAUUGACAGGGAUGAUAGCAGUAUUUUUGAUGGGUUAAUGGAAGAAGAUGAAAAGGACAAAGCAAAACGUGUGUCCCGUAACAAGUCUGAAAAGAAACGUAGAGACCAGUUCAAUGUCCUCAUCAAGGAGCUGGGUACAAUGUUGCCGGGUAACACCCGGAAGAUGGACAAGUCCACUAUUUUGCAGAAGAGCAUUGACUUUCUGCACAAACACAAGGAAAUCGCUGCUCAGUCAGAGUCAACUGAGAUCAGACAAGACUGGAAGCCUCCUUUUCUUAGUAAUGAAGAGUUCACUCAGCUGAUGUUGGAGGGAUUGGAUGGAUUUUUCCUUGCAAUUAUGACUGAUGGGAAUAUAAUCUAUGUCUCUGAGAGUGUGACGUCUCUACUAGAACAUUUACCUUCUGAUCUUGUGGAUCAGAACCUUUUGAACUUCCUGCCCAUGGGGGAGCAUUCAGAUGUGUACAAGGCCCUGUCCUCUCACAUCAUGGAGGGAGAGACGCAGACACCUGAAUAUCUGAAGACAAAAAAUCAGCUAGACUUCUGUUGCCACAUGCUCCGAGGGACUAUCGACCCUAAAGAGCCCCCUGUGUACGAAUACGUCAAGUUCAUUGGAAACUUCAAGUCCCUGAAUAAUGUGCCUAACUGUACCCGAAACGGAUUUGAAGGAGUGAUCCAGCGAUCACUUCACUCUGCCUUUGAAGACAGAGUGUGUCUCAUUGCAACUGUGAGACUCGCCAAGCCACAGUUUAUCAAGGAGAUGUGCACUGUAGAUGAGCCUAAUGAGGAGUUCACCUCCAGACAUAGUUUAGAGUGGAAAUUUCUCUUCUUGGACCACAGAGCUCCACCCAUCAUAGGUUACCUCCCAUUUGAGGUCCUGGGUACAUCAGGGUAUGACUACUACCAUGUAGAUGACCUGGAGACACUGGCCAAAUGCCAUGAACACUUAAUGCAAUACGGCAAAGGAAAGUCCUGCUACUACAGAUUCCUCACAAAAGGACAGCAGUGGAUUUGGCUUCAGACUCACUCCUACAUCACCUACCACCAGUGGAACUCCAGACCAGAGUUUAUUGUCUGCACACACACUGUUGUUAGUUAUGCUGAAGUAAGAGCAGAACAGCGCAGAGAACUUGGAAUUGAAGAAUCUCCACCUGAGUUUACAGCAGAUAAGCAGUCCCAGGUUUCAGGCUCCGAGUCCCAGCUCAACUCCAGUCUGAAGGAGGUUUUGGAGCACUUGGACCACAGCCGGACGCCCUCGCCUUCAUCUCGCAGCUCACCCAAAUCAUCACACACCGCUGUGUCUGAGCCAGUCUCAUCACAGAUGAAGCUGCAGGGGGAUAGGAGUACACCAGGUCGUCAAUCUGUUUCUGCCAUGGAGAUCACGUCACCACGAAGAUCGUCUAUCAGCAGUCAGCAUUCGAUGAGUUCCCAAAAUACCGGACAGAACGUGACUCCAUCCAUGGUUCCUCAACAACAGCUGCAGCAGCAACAGCAGCAACCACAGCAGCAACCACAGCAGCAACAACUGCAGCAACAUCAGCAGCCACAACAGCCACAGCAGCCUCAACAGCAACAAGUUCAGAACAAUGUACAAUCAAUGGUGCAGUUCUCCAGCCAGUUAGAAACCAUGCAUCACCUGAAAGAGCAGUUGGAGCAGAGGACCAGGAUGAUUGAGUCCAACAUCCAGCGGCAGCAGGAUGAGCUGCGGGAGAUUCAGGUGGAGCUGCAGAGGGUGCAGGGACAUAACCUGCAGAUGUUCUUGCAGAAAGGAGCUGGAGGACUGAAUCUUGGCUCUGUUCAGAUGGCCCAGGGGAACACUUUGCAGCAGGGGGGGAUGCUCAGCAUGCAGGGCCAAGUGGUCUCUGCUGGGCCUUUACAGAACAACAUUAAGCAUCAACAUGCCGUCCAGCCCCAGUCCCAGCAACAAACACUCCUGCAGGAACAGAGCUUAGCACUCUCUCAGUCUCAGCGGUCGUCUCUCACCCUGCAGCCUCAACAGAAUCCACUGCCUAUGUCUCUCUACAACACAAUGAUGAUCCCUCAACAAAGUCCUGCUAAUGUGGUCCAGAUUGCCACCAGCCUGGCACAGAACACUGGACCCAACACUCCCACUGUGGCAACAUUUGCACAGGACCGUGCUGCUCAGAUAAGGUUUCCUGCUGCUCCUCAGCUGCUCACCAAGCUAGUGACAGGACAGAUGGCAUGUGGGGCAGUCAUGGUCCCCACAACCAUGUUUAUGGGCCAAGUGGUGACAGCCUUCGCCCCUCAGCAGGGCCAGACACAGACCAUCAGCAUCUCCCAGCAGCCUCCACCACAGCAGCAGCAACUACCGCAGCAGCAGGAACAGCUGCAGUCACAGAUCACAGCCAUGCAGCCUGUGCAGGCUCCACUGGCCCAGCAGCAAACCCAGUUCCUACAGGCUUCUCGACUUCUUCAUGGAAACCAGUCCACCCAGUUGAUCCUGCAGGCUGCGUUCCCUCUGCAGCAGCAGGGAACCUUUGCUGCCGCAACCCAGCAGCAGCAGCAACAGUUACAGCAGCAACAACAGUUACUACAUCAACAACAGCAGCAGCAGAAGCAUUUACAACAGCAGAAGCAGCAACUGGCUCCUCACAGAGCAGAUAGUUUGUCUGAGCGCUCCACUACGCAGCCACAGUAGCUGGCUGCAGCCAAUCAGAAGUGGAUUGGGCCAAACCGAGGUGGGGGUGUCUUUGUGAUGGCAGUCUCAAGACGGGUUCUGCUGAAAGUGCAGCCCUGAGACCAGGCCUCAUUUGUAAGUGACUGGGUGGGCAGGCUGAGGCUUCCCUCCCUCACAAGGAGUUUUGGCUGUUUGCACUGAUCUCCUGAGCACAAAGUGCUGCCGAGAAGAGAACUCAGGACCGUGCGAGCUGCGGCUCUGGCAGUUUGCUUUGUCUCUGGU